UGCAUAAGCAGCAGGAAAGGGUUAGUGCAUGUGGACACAUGCGUGCAGACGUGGACAGAGGAGCUGCACUGUGAGUGGAUCGUUGCCCUGAACCAGAGUUAUGUACUGUGCUCAUCCUGUCUCAUGCACAGGCAGCAGCUCACUGAUGUACUGCUACAACAUGAAACCAAUGUAUGGACAGUCACCCAGUAAUGAUGUCAUCAACCACAACUCAUCCUCACAUCCGCCCACAAAGGCACCCGGAAAUGUCUUCGCAACUACUUUCUUUGAGGGGAUAGGUAAUUUGCCUGACAUCUGGAAUGCUGUAAAUGGGCUGAACCAGCAGGGCUAUGAAGGUGCACUGGGAGCAGACACGUCCCACCAAUCGCAGAGCUACAACAAUCUGCCGCCGCACAGUCACCUGGACUACUCUCCACAUUCAGUGAUGGCUGCAGACAUGAACAGGGGCCUUCCACCUAUGUCCACAUUUCACCGUGGUGGCACCACGUCACUGUCAGUCAACACCUCAGAGAAUCCUGCAGUAACUCAGGGAGGUGUUUCAGGGCCUUCACAGACAGGCGAUACCUUGGGCAAAGCUCUGGCUUCUAUUUACUCUCCUGAUCGCACCAGCAGCAGCUUCCCCUCCAGCUCCUCCACUCCAGUGAGGUCUCCGUCCCCACUGACAAACACAGCUGAACCUGCAGGUACUAACAUAUGGCCACGGAGUUCAGGUCAAACAACCGUGUCACCACAUUAUGGGUCUUCACUUAUAUCCCUGUCUCAGGUGGAGGAUCGGUUGGACAGGCUGGACGAUGUGAUCCACGUCCUGAGGAAUCAUGCUGUGGGUCCCACUGCUGGUCUGCCCACUGACAUCCACGGCCCGCUGAACCACAACCACCAAGGCCACUCGGCGUCCGCCGGCACCCUCCCACUCAGCUGCCACACACCAGCCAUGGUUGAAGCUGCCAACAUCAACAACAACCACUCUGUUUUCCAGAACCGCACACAGAAUGGCCACCCAUACCCAUCCAGACCGCGGGCUACCCUUCAGACUGUGCAAGGAGGCCGAGGUGCUUUGGGAGGUAAUAUGGAUCUGAAGAUGGAAACCGGGGAAAGGGAAGAGAUGAUGCACACCAGCCACAGCUCUGACAGCCAGAGAUCAGACGAAGAGAGCGAACAAAAAUCACAAGGAGAAAACAGCACAAGGACAAGCAUCCAUGAGGACGAGGAGCUGAGCCCUGAACAAAAAGCUGAACGUGAGCGUGAGAGGAGGAUGGCCAACAACGCCCGUGAACGUCUCCGUGUGCGGGACAUCAACGAGGCCUUCAAAGAACUGGGCCACAUGUGUCAGCUGCACUUGAAGAGCGAGAAGCCUCAGACCAAACUGCUGGUGCUGCACCAGGCUGUGGCAGUGAUCCUCAGCCUGGAACAACAGGUCAGAGAGAGGAACCUGAACCCAAAGGCAGCUUGUCUGCGAAGGAGAGAGGAAGAAAAGGUGUCCGCCGUCAUGACAGAUCCACAGUCCAUUCAUUUGGCUUUUCACCCGAGUCUGACCGACCCAGUUAACCCUCUGCCCCCCCUCUGAACCGGCUGUUAAAACCUACAUCAACUUCAUCACUAAGUAUUUAUAAAUCACCACCAUUUAAACAGCCGAGCAGCUUCUGUUCUUCCAGUGAGACACACAACAUACUUGACAGAUUUCUGCAAACAUCAAGAAGAUGUUAGUUUGUUUAGUGAUGUUAAUUUAAAAAAAUGUGUCUAUUCCAACAAAAAUCAUACUUGAACUGAUUAAUGAUGUGGAACAACUUAUUGUCUCUGAUGUGACUAUCUCUGACAUCCAGAUGUUGAGUAAAGAUCAGAGUCUGUACAUA